GGCAGUGGGUUCGAUCCCGGGGACUGGAGUAUUUUAGACGAAGAGGGUUUCAAGGAGGGGACUGGGAAUUAUUGAUUAGCCCGGAUUCCAGAAUGAAAACACUUUGAGAGUGUUGCAGUCCAGGAGAGAUGCUGGAGAUUUAAUGAUAAGUGAAUCUUUUUAUUGCAUGGUUCGGUUGGAAAUUUAAUUUCAGGAUUUUGUUGUGUGUUUUGUUUAUUUUGUGUGCGGGGAGUGGGAGCAGUGGGGUUAUUAUGGGCUGUGCUCUGUCCGGGACUGGGCACGAUCCCGGGAAAGCUGGUGUCGAUGUGAGCGGUGCAGCACCUCGCUCCGAGGCGGGGGGGUCAGAGCUGGUAGCCUCGGACUCACACCCCCCUCUGCCCCUGUCCGAGCAGCAAAAAGACCUCAUCCAGCAAUCCUGGAAAGUCCUGCAUCAAGAUAUCGCCAGGGUCGGCAUCAUCAUGUUCAUCAGGGGGGAAAUUGAGUUUAAAAGAAGUGGACCAGAUGCCAAGCCAAUUAGUAAGAAAUAUUCGCUUACUGAUGAUCCACAGCAAGCUCGGUGUGAAUCCGGAGUCACAGCAGUGACUACUCUCGGGAUGAGAAUGCACUAUGGAUACGUGGGAGUGCAGUUCAUUGCAGUGGUGAGACCAAUCUUAAAAGAGAAAUGGACAACUGAUGUGGAAGAAGCAUGGAAAGGUCUGUUUGAGUAUUUAACCCGGAUGAUGAAGAGGGGCUAUCAUGAUGCUGAGCAGAGGAACAAUGUCAACCAGACAAAUUACAUAAAACGGAGAGCACCGUCUGUGCAGAAGGCCAGUCAGAACACAGUGUAGCACUCACACUGUCCCCCUGGGAUUGGGGGGGGUUAGGGGGGACAGUCAGAACACAGUGUAGCACUCACACCAUUCCCCGAGUGGGGGAGUGGGGGGAACACUGUCCCCGGGAGGAGCAGUCAGAACAUAACUAGUACACAUUGACCACUCACUGCUCUUGUUGCUGCUGUGGGAUCAUCCUGUGCGACAGUUCCCCUGCAGGGGACGGUGACCCAUUCUUUCUUUAUUCAUUUACAGGAUGAGGGUGUUGCUGGCCAGGCAGCAUUUAUUGCCCAUCCCUAAUUGCCCAGAGCGCAGUUAAGAGUCAACCAAAUUGCUGUGGGUCUGGAGUCACAUGUAGGCCAGACCAGGUAAGGAUGGCAGUUUCCUUCCCUAAAGGGACAUUUGUGGACAAGGGGCCAGUCUGGGGUCAUGAGUUCAAAUCCCAGCAAGGUGAUUAAAAUUUAAACUGGAAUCGCGAUCCCCCUGCAGUGAUUGUGAUGUGAUUUUUAUAUUGCUAUAGGAAGCUGGGAUCAGGGAGGAAACCAACUGCUUUUACCUAGUCUGGCAUACAUGUGACUCCAGCCCACACCAAUGGGGCUCACCCUUAACCACCCCAUCAAGCCAUAGAAUACCUACAGUGCAGAAAGAGGCCUUUCGGCUUAUCAAGUAUGCACCAAUCCUCUUAAUAGUGUACCACCCUGCCUAUCCCUGUAACCCUGCACCUCCCAUGGCUAAUCCUACCAGCCUGCACAUCUCUGAACACUAUGGGGCAAUUUCCCAUGGCCAA